AUGUUUAAGGCUACAUAUGUUUUAAAUUUUGUAUUAAUAUCGACAUCACUGGCCAGAUAUAGAGAGGACGACCCGUUUAGACCGGCAGAACAAUUCAUUAGUGAGAGGACACCAUUAGAUGACGACAAUGAAUAUGAAGCCGACUAUGAAAAGCCAAUUGACGACGAAGAAGAUGACGAAGAAGAGCCAACAUUUGAUGGCAUAUAUGAGAGGCGCAAAAAUUUUGAUGUCGAGACUCCUAUGGACUUACCGGCACCGACUCAUGGCUCACAGCCAACCGAGUUGUCACAAACAGCCGAUGACGACCAGCCACUCUUGUUGGACGAACCGUACAACGAUAGCAUACAAUCAGAUGAUGACUACAACGGUCAACAUCUAUCGUCAUCCGAGUUGACCGACGAUUCUCCGUCAGAAUCGGACAUAAAAACUGAAUCACUUUUAAGCGACGAUUGUCUUCGUUGUAUUUGUCAUGCGAGCUCUGAGUGCGACCCACAAGUGCGCUGUCAUGUCGAAGGCGAUACUGUUUACAAGUGCGGACCGUUUCAGAUAGAUGUCAACUAUUGGAACGAUGCCGGAAGUCCCGGUGCUGACCAACGAGACCCGUUGGACUUUGAGUCGUGUAUGAGUGACAUCCAGUGCUCCAUUGAGACGGUCAACGCUUAUAUGAAGAAGUGGUCUCACGAUUGUGACCGCGACGGACACGUCUCGUGUGACGACUACGCAAAAGUGCACCGAUCGGGCAAAUACCAGUGCAACAGCACAUGGAUAUUGGGUACACCCUAUUGGACUAAAUAUAAAAAUUGUUACACACAGUUAACAUAGAGUCCAAAGUUCUAUCUAUAGUAUCUGUAGAUACAUGUAAAAGUCCUCAACAUACCUGUCCAACGUAUGUGUGUGUGUGUGUGUG